UGCGCGAGAAUGCGCCGGCCGUGCGCCGUGGUAACUCUCGGGCGCGUUAAGAGACUAGCGCGGGCUGUGCGUUAAGGGCCGGGUGAGGGCAGGGAUACUUCAUUCUGGCGUGAUUAUCAACGCCGGCUCCCUUCAUCAGCGAGGACGGCGACUUCCGCGGCUCCUCUCGGAAUUGGCACCCGGGCGUGACUGAACGGAGCCUUGGCUAGGAGGUGUGCUCGCAGGUAUCACCCCGCCUCUCAGGUAGCUGAAUGUUGGCUUUGUGUCUGAAGCUCCUGGAACUUUUCUCCUUACUGUGAUAUAACUUGGCUGAAAUCAUACUGCAUAUAGUAUGCAGGUGCUUAGCCCAAGCCUGAGAAUUACUGGAAUCUUAUGGUAAGACGUAUUGAACUACAGUGGGAGUUCUAUUUAGGAAGAUGAAGCCUCUGAACAAGUUGAUGACUAUUUCAAAACCUCAAAACCUAGCUCUGCGUGAACAAGAUGAGGUCUUGAGAGCAGAUGUGUCUUGGCAGCAGGAGACCAUCCCCGUCAUAGAGACACAUGACUCUGAGGCAUCUCGUCAAAAAUUCAGACAUUUCCAGUAUUUGAAAGUGUCUGGGCCCCACGAAGCCCUGAGCCAACUCUGGGAGCUCUGUCUUCAGUGGCUGAGACCAGACAUUCAUACAAAGAAACAGAUCCUAGAACUGUUAGUGCUGGAACAAUUCUUGGCAAUCCUCCCUGAAGAAGUCAGAACUUGGGUGAAUUUACAAUAUCCAAAGAACAGCAGAGAUGUGGUGACCCUCAUAGAGGAUGUGAUUGAAAUACUUAAAGACGAAGAUACACUCUGCAAGGACUCUGUCCUCCAGAAGGGGAGCAUCAAGGAGCAGGAAAUGGAAGCUGACCCACUAACAGGCAGACACCAGGAAUCAGUGACAUUGAAAGACGUGGUUGUGGAAUUCAGUGAGGAAGAGUGGGGGCAGCUGGAUCCUGCUGUAAAGAACCUGUAUAGGGAUGUGAUGCUGGAGAACUAUAGGAACCUGAAUUCAUUGCGUAAAGCACAUCUACUUUCCAAACCACUUGAGAUGCCUGAGUUGGAGAGUAAGAAAAGAAGAUGGAUAAUGGAGGGAGAAAUCCCAAGAAGGACCAUUUUUGACACGGAGACUGUUUUAGAAAACCAAGAUUCAGUUCCAAAGCAGAGAGUUUCUGGAGAAGAAUCAUCCCAUGGAGUGAUUAUGACAAGGCUUAUCAAAAGUAAACGCACUUCCUCAGAUGUCUGGAAAGGUGAAGAUUGGUCAUAUAGCAACCAGAACAACUGGGACAUAAUUUUGCCACAAGAAGCUUUCAUUCAUAAGACAAUCUACACUGAGGAGGGAGACUUUGAAUGCAGUGAAAAUAAGAAAAGCUUUGAUGUUAAGUUUGUUAACUCAAUUUGUGAUAGACAACAGGGAAUUCCUACAAGGAAGGGGUCCCCAAAAUGUGAUAAGUUUAAAACUAACUUUAAAUGCAAUUUUGACUUAGUAGGUAAGCAACAUUCAGAAUAUAAUGAACGUGGGAAUGCCUUGAGCCUGAGUACAGAGAUUAUUCAACACCAAAAAAGUCAUACCACAGUGAAUUCCUAUGCAUGUUACCAAUGUGGAAAAGCCUUCAGCCGAAGUUCAUCCCUUAUUCGACAUCAGAUCAUUCACACAGGAGAGAAACCCUAUAAAUGCAGUGAAUGUGGGAGAUUCUUCAACCGACGUACAAACCUCACUAAGCAUCAAAAAAUUCAUACUGAAACAAAGGCCUGUAAAGGCAGUAAAUGUGGAACAGCCUUCAGUGAGAGUGAAGAUAGUAAUAAAAGUCCAAGACUCUAUUGUAAUACCUAUGAAUGUGUUGACUGUGGAAAAUUCUUCAACCGGAGCUCCUCCCUUAUUCGACAUCAAAUGAUUCAUACAGGAGAGAAACCAUUCAAAUGUAAGGAAUGUAUGAAAAGCUUCAACAGGAGUUCAAACCUUAUUAAGCACCAAAAACUUCAUUAUCGAGACAAGUCCUGAAAAAGGAAAAAAUGCAGGAGUACCUUUAGUCAGAGUGCAGAACUCAUUCAACAUCCAUAAAUUUAUGCUGGAGGGAUCCCAUUAAUAUAAUAAAUGUAAGAAAAUGUGUCAGAGAUUAGUCUUUAAAUGAUAUGACAGAAUUGAUAUUGGAGAGAGAUCUGUUAUUGGCUAAAAGUCUGAGAGAGAUUUUCCAGGCUCCCAAAUGAAGCCACGGAGUUUGGAGUUAAACAUAAUAUCACCAUACAAGUCUUUGCCUAUUGUUAUUUUAAUACCCAUUAAGCUCACCUUUCUCUAGUUCAUAAAUGGGACCUAAAGCAUACUUACAUUCACCUGAUUUAUUCAUGAAGCAGAUAUUAGGGAGAAGCCAAGCAAUACCCUUGAACUUGAUAUUUAAUAAAAACUUAAACUAUUAGUCCUCACAAGAAGGUCACAAGAAAUCAGGAGCUCUUGAGAAUAUAGAAGACCACUUACAAGGAGUGAAAUCUCUGAAUUCAUGUCAAAGACUACAGUGAUAGCCAAUUAUGCCACCCCUGACAAUAUCCUUGGCUGUCCUGGUGCUGAAUGGGGACUAGAAUUAGGAGAAGGUUAUCAACUGCGAUGGGAGAUGGAUGUGUUGUUAAUCAAGAUGAAGUCAGCAUUUUUAAAAGUACUCUUUGGAAUCUAGGCUGAAGAAAUUUAUAGCCUUAGGUCUGUCCUUUAUCCCAAACA